CCGCCCUUCUCUCGAGGCUGACUCGGGAGCAGCGCCACCGCCGCGAACCACCGCCGUUGGCCCGGCAUGGCCAUGGCGUCCCCGGCCAUCGGGCAGCGUCCCUACCCGCUGCUCUUGGACCCAGAACCGCCGCGCUACCUGCAGAGUCUGAGCGGCCACGAGCCGCCGCAGCCGCCGCCCCCCGGCCGCUCCUCUCGCCGCUGCGCCCCCGCUCCCCUCUCCACUGCGCGCGGGGCGCACGAGGGGCGCGGCGCCCGGAGGGCUGCCCGGGGGGACCCGGAGCCCCAACCUCGGGCCUCCCGACCCGCUCGCCCUCUCCGGCCUGGUCUGCAGCAGAGGCUGCGGCGGCGGCCUGGGGCGCCCCGGCCCCGCGACGUACGGAGCAUCUUCGAGCAGCCGCAGGAUCCUCGCGUCCCGGUGGAGCGAGGCGAGGGGCACCGCUUCGCCGAACUGGCGCUGCGGAGCGGCCGGGGCUGGUGUGACCUGUGCGGACGAGAGGUGCUGCGGCAGGCGCUGCGCUGCGCUAACUGUAAAUUCACCUGCCACCCGGAGUGCCGCCAUCUGAUCCAGCUGGACUGCAGUCAGCAGGGAGGCCCAUCCCAGGACAGACCCUCUCCGGAAAGCACCCUCACUCCAGUCUUCAGCCAGAAUGUCUGUAAACCCCCGGAGGAGACGCAGCGCCCGCCCACACUGCAGGAGAUCAAACAGAAGAUUGACAGCUACAAUACCCGGGAGAAGAACUGCCUGGGCAUGAAGCUGAGUGAAGAUGGCACCUACACGGGUUUCAUCAAAGUGCAUUUGAAACUUCGGCGGCCAGUGACCGUGCCUGCGGGGAUCCGGCCCCAGUCCAUCUACGAUGCCAUCAAGGAAGUGAACCUGGCGGCCACCACGGACAAGCGGACGUCCUUCUAUCUUCCUCUGGAUGCCAUUAAGCAGCUGCACAUCAGCAGCACCACCACGGUCAGUGAGGUCAUCCAGGGGCUGCUCAAGAAGUUCAUGGUUGUGGACAAUCCCCAGAAGUUUGCACUUUUUAAGCGGAUACACAAGGACGGGCAAGUGCUCUUCCAGAAACUCUCUAUCGCUGAUUGCCCCCUGUACCUGCGCUUGCUGGCUGGACCUGACAAUGACGUCCUCAGCUUUGUGCUCAAGGAGAAUGAAACUGGAGAGGUGGAGUGGGACGCCUUCUCCAUCCCUGAGCUCCAGAACUUCCUCACGAUCCUGGAAAAAGAGGAGCAGGACAAAAUCCAACAAGUGCAGAAGAAGUAUGACAAGUUUAGGCAGAAACUGGAGGAGGCCUUAAGAGAAUCCCAGGGCAAACCUGGGUAACCGGUCCUGCUUCCUCUUCUGGUGCCCGCGGAUUUAUUUUUAUGAUUAAUUAUUAUUUUGCAACAGACACUUGUUCUCAGGACACCUCUGGCGGGUGCAUUUGUGCCCACCUGGCAGUUCCAGAUGUGGCACGAAACCUCUGAGGGGCGCAGGUGCGCGCGGGCCAGGCGCUGCCUGCCGCUCGCUGCUGAGGAGGGGGAUGGGGGACAGAACAGCCUCGGUCCUGGGCUAUCCUCCCGGAAGCCAACCGGCUGCCUCUGUCAUCACCGAACCGCAAUUGUUCGCACCAGCCGGCAAAGGAAAGAAGAAAGGUUUUAGAGCUGUUAUGUUCUUUCUCUGGCUUUUAUUCUUCUUCAGUUUCUCUCGUAUUUGCCGCCCACAGACCUUUAUUUAUGAGUCAAAAAUUGUAGCAUAUUCCUCUAGCAGAUCUGAGCUGAGCCCUGGAAAGCAGGAUAAUGCUCGUAAAAGGACUGUUCCCCAAUGUGCCCAUUGUUCAUGCUCAAGGGAAGGUUAUAAAGCCACUGGCCCCAGAUGCUCAGGUAGGGAGCACCAAAGCCUGAGGCCGGCUCGGAGGCUUCCGGAGAAGCCGCAGCCCGCCCUGGCCCUCAUCGCUCAAGAGUCCGUGCACGUAAACCCAAAGGCAUAUGUUAUCUGUGCAAGUGUGACAGUCACGUCUUUGUCGUGAACAGACAAGUGUUUGUUUUUAAGUUACAGUUUUGAAUUUGACAUUGCCAUCAUCAUGUUUCCACCAAAGGGAAACCAACCAUUCACCAUUUUGAAUGUCUCCUGUGAGAAUGGAAAUCAGGUGGUCUGAGAAAGCCGAGAGACGUGGCAGAGAAGUGUGUCCAACUUGCCUUUGGCCUUCCCCCAGCUAGCAAGCUGGGGAGGGCCUGGCUGCCUUGCUGUCCCCCUUGGGCUGCAGCACGGCCUGUCUGCUUCCGCCAGGACUCAGGUGCUGUCCGAGGAGGCGCCUUGACUACAGACCGGGGAACCUCCAGCUCAGCCACCAGGGGAGUCCUUUUGUGUUUUGAAGCCCCGCCCGCCCGUGGCACUGCGCUCAGUGAGCCUGUGGGCUGGCUUCCCGCUGACCUCAGUGCCUUUUUGUUUUCAGAGAGAGGAGCAGGGUGCAUUUGCUUGAUGCUCUACUGCCGGCUUGCUCCUGCCAGGAAGUGGCCCACGGCGGUGUGGGGGGCAAGGCAGGAGAGCCCUCCCUCCAAGGCUGGUGCAAGAGUCAAAGACCUUCCCAUCUGAGAUCCUGGGCUUUGACUCCCAAGAAGUGAUGUCAACCGCAGGGACAGGGUGGGUCAGAUUCCUAACUUACAUCUGUACUGGCUCCCCGUUCAGGUGCAAACUUAAAAAUGAACUAGCCAAACAACUGAAGCAAGCAGCCAGGACUGCGAAGACACUCCAGUGCGGAGGGAGAAGGACUUUUAACUUCCAAAGCAGGGACGGUUUUCCCAUCCAGCCUCUCAGAGAUCACUUCUUCGCUCCUCUGCCUUCCCAGGUCCUGCUUGGGUCAGGUUGAGCCCCAGCUUGUGUAGCCUCAGAAGUUCCCUCCCUGACCCUUGCUGCAUCCUCACUGCCCCUGAUCCCAGAAGGAAUGCUGACCCCUUGUCAUCCAAACUGUGUCUGUCGUCUUCAAAGCUGCAGAAGCAAGACGAGCUAGCAGCUCAAGAUUUUUGAGAACCACCCCCCCGCUCCCCACACCCUGGUUAUCUGCCAUCUCCUGCUCAGCCUUAUCGCUUCCCUCCCUUAAGAAAUCUCUCCCUGCUGUAUAUUAAAGGGAGUGGGUAGAGAGCCCCUUUUUCCUUCAUGCUGCAUGUCUGUAACAUUAAUGGAAGGCACGGCUCCUGCUGCAGCCACUGUGAAUGCUGCUGAGGGCCUCCCGCUGAUGGGGUGGCCAUUUUAUUUUUGAGAAGGAAAAAAAAGUCACGUCCAUAUAUACGUAAGGGCAUAUAGCUAUAUAUACAGAGAUAGGGGUGUUUAUGAAAUAAGAAGAUUAUGGGAAAAUUCCGACUUUAUCUAAAGCACAGUUAGACCCAGGACCCGUGCCGAGUCCCGAGCCUCGGAACAUAGUCUGUGUGAAUUAUCCCUUCCCCCCAGAGGUGGGUAUGACUGCUGGUAGUGCCUUCCACCCUUGUGUUGCCCAGCGUGUACGUGUUUGUCUUGAGGAUAUUUUCUUUUUAAGUGUCUUUCUUAGAUGGGUUUAAAAAAAAGUAAUAAAAGCUUGUUGCAAAAAGGA